AGACACUCAUAAAACCUUGUCAAAGCUAUCAGAAAAUAUCGCAAAAUGUCAAAAUUUCUAAAGUCUCUGCAAAAAACCUAUCAGAAACUCCUAAACGAAAGAUCCGUCCUUGUAAAUAGUAUCCAGACUGGGGUUUUAAUGUCCACAGGUGACCUCCUAUGUCAAACGGCCAUAGAAAAAAAACCGUGGAAAGCCGUCCAACUAAGGCGAACCCUGGAGUUUAGCUUUUUGGGAGUCACCUUAGUGGGCCCCGCGGUGUCUUUAUGGUUUAAACUAUUAGCCCAACAGUUCGGACACGGUUCCGAAGCGGGUACCGUCCUUAAGAAGAUGGCAUGCGAUCAGCUGAUAUUCGCUCCAGGAUUUCUGCCGGUUUUCCUCAUCAGCGUGGGACUGCUACACGGGGAUAAUCGGGAGCAGCUGAAACUGAAGCUACGCAAAGAGUACGGGAAGAUCAUCAGGACCAACUGGAAAAUCUGGCCGACGGUACAAUUGUUGAACUUUUAUCUAAUGCCGUUGAGAUAUCAGGUGCUUUUUGUGCAAAUUGUCGCACUUUUUUGGAAUAUAUACCUCAGCAGUGUAACGCAGAACGAGAGUAAAGAUGGGAUGUGAACAUGAAUAUUUUAAGGAUAUUUUUUAUUUAAUGCAAAUUGCAAAGCGAUUUACUGUAUGUAGUAUGCACUAGAGGCAUGAAAUAUGUUUUAAUAAUAAUCCUAAUUUAAAUUUCUUUCACCGGGCACUGGAAUAAAUAAAAUUAUAUUUUUAGAAUAAUUCAGGGAGGGUGAAAAAUUGCUUUUACUGUCUAGAAAGAAUAAAACAGUUAUCUGGAAUUUGAAGUUAC